CGACACGAUACACCAGCCUUCCCGUAGCUAGGCUGUCGCUUCACCGAGCUCCAAGCUCCAGCUCUCAUUCCCGCGAUCCCAACCCCCCACCACCACAUUCCCCUCCCCCUCCCCACAAACCCCACAACCUCACGAUGUACCACCGCCCCUCCGCCCCUACGUACCUCCGCCACCUCCCACCCCCCACCUCCUCUGCCGACGCACCCCCCACCACCUCGGCACUCCUCCGCUUCUACUUACCGCCUUACACCGGGCGUGACCACCGAGGCCGGACCCUUCCCCAGAUCCUCCUCCUCCCGGACCGCGACCUCGAGUUCCUCCACGACUGGAUCCAAUGGCUCUUCCCCCUACCCGAGUCCAGCGCGUACAGCCCAUUCGCGCCGAUCCUCACCUUCACGGACGUGUGUGCAUUCCGCACCUCGGCGGACCUCCGCAACGCUUUGCGCCGCAGUUUCGCGCGGGUGCUCGAGUUCCUCGGGUUCGUGGUUGGCUCGGAGGGGGAGGGGGAAGGGGAGGGGGUCGUGCGCACGGAACGCUGGGGGAGGAACGCGAAAUUCUGGUGGAGGGCGCGAGAUCAUAAUCAUCUCAGGAUUACCAGGGUGCUUAGGUCACUGAGGGUCUUGGGACUGGAUUGGGAGGCGCAGGUGCUCUGGAUGGCCCUGCGCAGGGCGAAAGUGGAGCUGGGGGAGAGGGGCGCGCCGGGUGAAGUGAGUUAUAAGUUUUGGAGGAGGGCCGCGGUGAGGAGGGUUUGGGUUGCGCCUGAGGAGGGGAGUGAUGGUGAGGAGGAGGGGGGGGACGGGGAGGAGCGGGAGGAGGAGGAGACGGAGACCCUGCCCGAUGAGGAGAUGACGGAGGUCGAUGAGGAGUGGGAGGGUAUUGUGAGCGAGGACGAGAGGACAGAAAAGGACGAGGAUGAGGAUGGGGAUGAGGACGAGACGGAUUCGGAUGACGAAGAAGCAGACGAGGAGAAGGCGGAAGCAAAGGCCGUCGUGAAGAAGACGCCUACGCAAAAGACGGAAAGCAAGGGAGAAAUUAGGACCUGGGCAAAACCUGAAGCCCGAAGCGGCAGACGAUGAAGAGAUGAAGACGAAGAGAAGCUCAAGACAAACUCUUCCGACGGCCAGGAAGCAGAAGAUUCUUCAGGCGAAGGUAUCUUAUACAUAGUGACUGUUGCUUAACGUACCUAGUUCUACUCCACUCUACACGAUAGUUAUUCAUAGGCGAUAGAGGUUGUAUC